AUGGCUGCGCCGCAGAACGGAGACGCCCCGCAGGACCGCGCCGGCGAUGCCGAUCUGGCUCAGGCUUUCAAAGAUCUCGCCCGUGGCGAGCAAACCGCGUCCGCCCUCGAGAAUCACCUGGAUGCUCUGGAAGCUAGGAUCGAGGAGCUUCUGGCGGCUGCAGAUGCCCAACAGGACGCGGCCCCUUCCGGCGCAGCAAGCCAGCAGCCGCAGUCGAAAGAUCCUGCCGCCGGUGGUGCGCAGCGGAGGUCUUGA